AUGCCUCCAAGGAAGAAGGCAAAGCUCUCAUCCCAAGCCCCCUCCAUAACAUCUCAAUCGGAGAUAACCCCGACAGCCUCGAAGGCAGCGGAAACAGACCUCGACUUGAUUGUUACUGAUCCAUGGACUGACGAUCAGGAAACGUCUUUGCUAAAAGGAAUAAUUCGAUGGAAGCCAGUAGGAAUGCAUAAGCACUUCCGUAUGCUAGCUAUUUCCGAACACAUGAAGAGCCAAGGAUAUGCGACGGAUGACCACACUCGAAUACCAGGGAUAUGGAAGAAAUUGGGAGCUUUGUACAAUCUCCCUGCGCUUGAUGAAAGAGAAGACCCAUUUGCAACGGACGGGUCUGAAGAAAAUGAUACACAGGGCGACCCAUACUGCCCAUUCUCCCUCGAAGCCGAGGAAUAUGGUGAUAUGAUGUUUGAAAGGCGGUUGGCACCGGAUGGCUCCCCGUCGCCUCCUAGCCUUCCUGCACCGUCUCGAAGAGGAAGUACUAUUGUCAGCCCUGAUGAAUUCAUCCUUACAGAACCACGACCAUCACCUGCUCCAUCGCGCGGUGGCAGACGUAGAGGCCGUGGUCGUGGUCGGCCCAUCGGUACACGAUCAUCAAAACUACAAACCGAAAUAGAAACGAUUGAUAAAACGAGUACCAACGACGAGACUAUGGCUGGUGAUAUUGACAAUAACGACGGAGGUGAUACAGGCCAGCGUGAUCCCUCCGUCGCUAUCGAUUCGCCUGUUGCAAAGUCGACUCGAACACAAACUACCCGUGGCAAGGCAAAACGUGGACGACCACCUACAAGACGGGGACGAAGAAAAUGA